CUAAGGAGGAUUACAAACAUGCUUUGUUUGAAGGACCUUGGAUGAUUGCCGAUCACUAUAUAGUAGUUCAGAGAUGGCGCCCUUUUUUCACCUUCACAGCAACGCAAACCCGUAGAAUUGCUGCUUGGAUUCGGAUCCCAGGUCUCCCUAUUGAGCUGUUUAAUGACAGAUUCCUCUGGAGGGUAGGGAAUAAGCUUGGAACAAUGCUAAAGAUAGAUAAACUUACAUCUAUCCAGUCACGUGGUCGCUUCGCUAGGAUCUGUGUGGAAAUUGACUUGCAAAAAAAGCUGGUGUCACAGAUUAAUGUUUUAAGCCACAUCCUCCGCCUGGAAUAUGAAGGUUUGCAUUCUGUUUGCUUUACCUGUGGCAAAUACGGUCAUAAACAACAGAGUUGCCAAAACCAAAUCCAGGUUCAGUCUGUGGAACACAAUGUCUCUACAAAUCCAAACAUGGAUGUGGAUGAUGAUACCAACAACACAAUGCCUACUAGACGAUCCCAGACUUAUCAGGAACACAUGAACUCGAAUCAGUUAAGCCUCAUGACCCGCCAGGAGCGGAGGAAAGGUAUGGGCCAUGGAUGA